GGAUGUCCUGAACGAACGACGCGUCUGUCCGUUUCGAAUUAAAACUCUGCCCGGUAAGAACGAGAUCGGAAUCCAGAAGGCCGUGGACUGGGUCGGUACGGGCCGUUAUCCCGUCCUCAUGCGGACAAGCUGAACUCGUUAACACCUUGCAAAUACAGACGCCGCCCUUUAAGCCACCCGCAACAGGAUACAGGGGUCGAAGUUUAAUGUUUUCCAAUUCAAACAGGAACAGGCUCUUGAACUCGACCCCGGGCCUCGAGGUUGAGAGACACGAGCCGGGUUUUUACGACACAGACAGGCCGUUUAAAGUCUGUUCGGGUCGGCUGGAAAUCGCGAGCCUGUGGACGAACUCCCGCAGGAGUAGCUCGCGGACAAAUCCGCUCAGCAAAAUGUACGCGAACGUUUCGCUCUAAAUUGUACAUUCCGUGUGUUUGAGUGGACUUUUUAAGGCCCUUGGAACAAGAGGAUCGUUUCUAAGGGCCUGAAAUUGCGGUAAAGGUUUCAAGAUCCGAAGGAAUUUCGGACAAGCUAGUUGCCGUGGAUUAUUUCCUGCGACUUACAUGAAGAUAUAAGGAGACGUCCGUACAGGAACUCGCACUAAUACUCCGGUAUUAAAGCAACUUGUGUGAAGAGAGGUGUGUUCCGUGACCGCAGGUGUUCUUUACUGUUUGCCGGUAAACAAAAGCACACGCUGUAGAUGUUCAGUAAGAACCAGUUUUUAGCCGAGCAGCGAGAUGAGCGGAGAGAUGAGUGCGGGGGUCAUGUCCCCCACCAGCGUCGGCCCGAAGGAGAGAUAUUUCGACCGGGUGAACGAGAACGAUCCGGAGUACCAGCGCGCUCGUAACAUGCCCGCCGACCUGCGGCAAGAUUUCAACAUGAUGGAGCAGAAGAAGAGGGUCACACACAUCCUGCAGAGUCCUGCGUUCAAGGACGAGCUGGAAGGCCUGAUCCAGGAACAGAUGAACAAGGGAAAUAACCCAACCGGCCUCCUCGCCCUGCGCCAGAUCGCCGACUUCUUCAUGGCCAGCUCCAUCGGAGGAUACCCCACCUCCCCCCUCAGUCUGGGCAUGGUGUCCCCCAUAAAUGAUCUUUUCAGCGCGGAGUCCGGCUCCAUGGUAAAGGGUGAGAAGCAGGUGCGGUGUAAACUGGCCAGCCUCUACCGGCUCGUCGAUCUCUUCAGCUGGGCUCACUUCUCCAACGCCUACAUCACUGUUCGCGUCAGUAAGGAGCAGGACCACAUUCUCAUCAUCCCCAGAGGGCUGUCAUUCGCCGAGGCUUCAGCUUCUAAUCUGGUGAAGGUGAACAUCCUGGGCGACGUGGUGGACCAGGGCUCCACUAACCUGCGCGUCGACAUGGUCGGCUUCAGCCCGCACGCAGCCAUCUAUUCCAUGAGACCGGACGCACGCUGCCUUAUCCACCUACACACCCCGGCCGCCGCAGCCGUGUCAUCGAUGAAGUGCGGCCUGCUGCCCAUCUCUCAGGAGGCGCUGAUCCUCGGCGACGUGGCCUACUACAACUACCAAGGGAGCCUGGACGACAAGGAGGAGAGGGCGGAGCUCCAGAAAGCGCUCGGACCCUCGGCCAAGGUGCUCGUUCUGAGGAAUCACGGUGUGGUGGCUUUAGGAGAAACCAUUGAAGAGGCUUUCCACUACAUUUACAAUGCCCAGUUUGCCUGCCAGAUCCAGGUGAACGCGUUCUCGUGUGCAGGAGGAAUGGAGAACCUCAUCGUGUUGGACCUGGAGAAGUAUAAGAGCAGGACGCAGGGCGUGGUCGAGGCCGGUGUGAGCAUGGGCUCUUCGCACAAGUUGAAAGUGGGAGAGCUCGAGUUCGAGUCGCUCAUGAGGAUGCUCGACAAUCUGGGUUACCGAACAGGCUACGCUCACCGCCACCCGGUGUUGCGGGACAAACCGCGGCACAAGAGCGAGGUGGAGAUUCCGGCCACGGUGACUGCGUUCUCAUUGGACGAGCCAACCGAUGCGUCCCGCCUCCAACACCGUCUCCUUCAGCAGCGGCAGCAGAGGGAGAAAACACGCUGGCUCAACUCGCCUAAUUGCUACACCAAGAUCAACGUGGCUGACGGAGGCGGCGCCGAGGAGAACACCCGUGUCAGGACCAUGUGGAUGAGAUCUGAAGACGGCGGCAGCAGCAGCGGGACUCCGAUCCGUAUCGAGGAUCCGAACCAGUUCGUUCCACUGAACACCAACCCAACCGAAGUCCUCCAGAAGAGGAAUAAAAUCCGAGAGCAGAACCGCUUCGACAUGAUGUCCGCCGGCCCGCAGUCUCAGCUCCUGGCUGGCAUCGUCGUGGAGAGACCGCCGCCAUACACAGGUGGAGAUGAGGAGGAGGUCGAGCCAUUGCCACCCAACCCCUUCAGCGAGCUCAUCGAGAGAGAUCUGGAUGACUACAAACAUCAAGUGGAGCACCAACAGCUGGGGCUCGAUGAGGAGGAGCAGGAUCAGCUAACGUCUGACGACGCUUCCACGCUCUCCCCAUCUGCCUCUCAAACUCAGUCCCCACAACACACACCUGCUAAAGAAGAGAACCACACGAACGCUCUGCUGAACGGCAAGGGCACGCACGACGACGAGGAGGAGGAGCUGAUGAAGCGCGUAGAGAGCGUGGAGAUCACCAGCGAGAAGAUCGAGGAGGUGCUGUCCCCCGAGAGCUCGCCCUCCAAAUCACCCGGCAAGAAGAAGAAGAAAUUCCGAACGCCGUCGUUCCUCAAGAAGAACAAGAAGAAAGAGAAGGUGGAGCCCUGAAUGCUGAGCGAGAGGGGGCGGAGACUCGACCUACCCACCUGUUUGUCCAGCCUCUUUUCUGUUUACCCGUCGUUUUUCCCUUUGUUUGAAAGAUUAUCGGUUUUAUUUGGAUUUUUGUUCUUAACAAACUUGGGCACAUCUGAUUGGGGGAGGGAACGUUCCGGGGGCGACACUUUAUAUGGAAGUCCUGGCAAACUGGUUCUUCCUCGAACUAAACACACACACACACACACACACACACACACACACACACACACA